AUGUGUAUUUGUAUCAGUAAUUAUGCCAUCAACAUUACAAAAAUAAGUAAAGCAUUUUUAAAUAUAAAUGGAAAAAAAUAUAUAAGAACAGGCAAGUUUAAUGAUUUGGUAUGUAAACAAAAAGUCCUAAGUGAAAGUAUUGAAAAUAAAUUAAAUGAAGUAAAUAAAAAGGAUAUAAAUCAAGUCAAAAUAUUAAACCUAUUUAGCAUUGAUGAAAUAAAAAGUGGAAUACCGAGGAGGCACAGCAAAAGGCAAAAAGGCAUCACUCAUGAUAAUUCCAAAAAUAAUGACAAUUGUGAAAAUUAUGAGAAUAAUCCUGCUGAUGAUUGUGCUAAUGUAACAAACGUGUGGGGGUAUAAAAAUAAAAUUCUUUUAAAAAAAAAUGAUAGCACACAAAAUGUUAGUAAUAUUAUCAAUGGGUGUAAUAGUAUAGAUUUGAAAAAAAAAAAAAAUAAUAAUAAAAACUAUAAUCAAUAUGUGAUACCAAAUAAAUUGUUUAGAAAAAAAUAUAUUUGUAUUGAAAAUGAUAUUAAACUUGUAGAUAGCUAUAUUAAUAAGAAGUAUCACAUAGAAGUGAAAAAGAGAGAUAAUAAUAAAAAUGAAAAAAUAAAUAAUAAAGCAAAUGGUAAUAAUGUCUUUAAUUAUUCUGAAGAAAGAUCUAUACAACUUUUAGACGAAGUUAAAGAAAGAGAGAAUUUCCAAAACAAAGACCAACAUAAUGACAAAACAAAAAAUUAUGAUAAUAAUGAACUACAAGAAAGUUGUGUCGAUUUUGAAAAUAAAAAUAGAAUUAUAAAAAAAAUAUAUAAAGCAUCAAUUAAUCAUGUUAGAGAUGAAAAUUUAUGGAAAAAAUAUGUUCAGAAUGUUUUUACUAUAUCUGGAUAUUUAGAUGCAAGCGAAAUAGUCAUAUUAUUUUGGUGUUUUAGUAAAAUUGGAUAUAGAGAUAAUAGAUUAAUAAAUUUAUUAAGUUCUAUUAUUUUAAAAAAAAUAAAUGAAUUAAGUUGUUGUGCAUUGUCGCUUUUAUUAAAUAGUUAUAAAAAAUUAGAAAUAAAAAAAUAUGAUACUAUAGAAUUAUUAACUAAUCAAUUUUGUUUUCAUAUAUCGAAUUGGAAAUUUCAAGAUAUAGCUUUAGUAUCAAAUUCUUUAGCAUUUUUUUAUAUAUAUCAUAAAAAUUUUUGGAAAAAAUGUAUAUUAAAAUUACAGCAAAAUUAUAGCUUUUCACAUCCAUUACAUUUGUGUUUAGUUAUUUCUUCUUUUGCUAGACUUGAGAUUAGAGAAGGUACCGUAUUAUUAUGUUUAUGUCGGUCUGCGAAAAAACUUGCAAAUAGCUUCUCUCCAAAUAAUCUAGCUUUAGUUAUUCAUUCUUUUGCAAAAUUAAAAUUUAACCACCCCAAGUUUUAUAAUUACCUAUAUCAAUUUGUUCAUAAAUAUUUAGACAAACAACUAUUAGGUAAUCAGAAAAAAGAAAAUGACACAAAUGGUGAAGAAAACGUUGAAAAAGAUGACGAUGGUACUAUUGGUAGUUACCUAGAUGAAUAUCCUAAAUUGAAUAAACAAAAUAAGUUGUUUGAUUUGCAAUCCCUGGUUUUGCUACUUUUUUCAUGUACUUGCUUAAUUUCAUGUACUGAACAAAUGAUCUUGAAACUUACUUAUUUAAUAAUUCCAAAUAAAGAUAUUUUAGGAAGUCAUAAAAUAGACAAAUUGAAAUAUGUAAGUGAUUAUUUGCAAUAUUUUUAUCCUUCAACAUUUGAAAAGUUCCCUGAAGAAAUAAAAAAUUUUUAUUAUUAUAUUGAUAGAUAUGAAAUAAAAAAUAAAAAAAAAUUAAAAUAUAGUGCAAGAUGGAUAACAGAGGUAUCAAGAAUUUUAACAAAAAUAAAUGUUAAUCAUUUACGGAAUGUAUAUAUAAAUAAUAUAUGUGCAGAUAUAAUGCUACCCGAUUCAAAUAUAAUAAUUAUGUGUUUAGGCCCUUAUAGUUAUUAUGUAAAUUCCUUAUUAACAACAUCUAUAUCUGAUUUAAAAAUAAAUAUUCUUCAACAAAAAAAAUAUAAUGUAAUUACUCUCAAUUAUCAUGAUUGGAAUAAGUUAAAUGAUUAUGAAGAACAGAUUAACUUUCUCUACAGUUUUGGACGUAAUGCUGCUAACUACUUAUUUUUAAAUGCAACCAAAGAGAUAGAAAAAGGUGAAACAAAUAAUGUGAAUCAAAAUGGGUCUAUAAAAAGUUUGGAAAAUGAGGAAAGUUCUGAAAAUUCAGAAAGUUGUAAAAAUGAGGAAAGUGUAAAAAGUGACACUUAUGGACCUUGUCAAGAACAGGAAAAUGAAAAUAACUUUUCAGACGAAGAUAAUGAAAUAAUUGAUUUUAUAAAAAAUGGUAUUUGUGUUAAUAAACAAAAAGAAAAUAUCGAUUCCUAUGAUAUCGAUGAUAUAAAAAAAUUUUUAAAUAAUACUCCAAAGAAUGAAAAAUAA